UGAUUAAAUCUGAAUGUAGCAGAUUUUAAACCUUCCUUUGUUCAAGUUUGGAAAAUGGCGACGAACGUCAGGGAGGCGGAGGGAAACAUCUGUCGGGGAACCCGAUUGGCCAUAUUUUGCCGCAGAUUCCUACUGGAAAUGGCAGAAGGGGAGGGGGAAGUUUUACAAAGCCACAGAAUAGCACCCACCCCUACGGGGAGCCGCGUUAUCGAAAGAUUUUAUCAGAAGAGAAACUAUUCAAAAGACGAAUAGAAAAGAUAUCGUAAAGACAUUCCUAAUUUAACCAGCAAGACGCUGAGAGGCCCAGCAAUGUCAGGAAACGUGGGCUUCUAAAGCAGUUAUAAUGAUUACUGCUAGCCCUUAGCACUGAGUCUCCUAAUCCUAAAGCUAAAAAAGAAAAAAAACAUGUUGGCAUGUUUUGCAUACCUAGCGCUGUCCCGCCCCAACCGCCGCACGCAUAGACAGCGAAGAGCUUGGGAGGAGGGAAGGUGCAAAUAACCCGUCCUUUUCCCUCUGUAGUUCUCAAUCAGGUCGUACUCCAGGCAAUAUACAGAGACGUUCACCAACACUCGCUGCAUAGCCUUGUGUGCAAUUCUAGCGAAUAUGUCUGGUCGUGGUAAAGGAGGCAAGGGUCUCGGGAAAGGAGGCGCUAAGCGCCAUAGGAAGGUGUUGAGGGAUAACAUCCAGGGUAUUACGAAACCCGCCAUUCGUCGUUUGGCUCGUCGUGGGGGAGUGAAGCGUAUUUCAGGUCUUAUCUACGAGGAGACUCGCGGGGUGCUGAAAGUGUUUCUGGAGAAUGUGAUCCGAGAUGCCGUUACUUACACCGAGCAUGCGAAGCGGAAGACUGUGACUGCUAUGGACGUUGUCUAUGCGUUGAAGCGCCAGGGUCGUACUCUGUACGGAUUUGGAGGCUAAACUGUGCCAGUAAUUCUUUUCCGAAACAUCUAUAACCCAAAGGCUCUUUUCAGAGCCACCCACACUUUCAUGAAAAGAGCUGUUGUGCUUGUAUUUUUCUAUUUCGGCAGAGAAGCCCGAUAGAGCGAGAGACUGAUCUUCAUAAUCUGUUGUAGGAGAAAGUGGGGUUUUUACAACUGCACUGCUUUUUUCUGUAAAUAAGUUAUUCCUCUCAUAAUUUUAUAUUUUUAGAGACAGAGCGAGCGCGCCAAAAUCGGGACUAUUACACCCGUUCCGAUUUUCACAUUUGCUGUCGGGUCACCUAUACACCACAGGAGCACUAAGCCGCAGCGAAUGUAGAUUUCAAAGCGGGAUUUUCAAUCUAGCCAGCAACGCAGAAAGUGAUGUUGGAUGUUAUGAUUGGAAUUUA